AAAAAAUGAAUCGCUAAUGAAAUAUUUGAGUCAGCGGAUCUGUAAAAAUGACAUUUGGAUUUCACUGAACGUGUGUUAGAAGAUUUCGGUCCAAUCAAUGUGAAGUCGUGUGUUUACUUUAAAAAACGCAUAUUUCGACGCUCAAGCUUUUCUGAAGUAUUUGACGCAGCAAUAUAGUUUUCGCGAUCCGGUCAUGAUAUUGUUUCCGCCGCAUUGAUUAGAACUUCGAACAGCGUAGCGUGGCGCUUCAAGCUUGAACAGCAACAUCAUCAACGACAAUAGAAUUUCAAUAUUACCAGUAAAAAUGUCGAUCGUGUCGUCACCCAACGAAUGGGCAGGGACAGAUCAUCAAGUCCUACUUCCUGUGUACGAGUGGUUGAUCCCAGGCAAAAACGAUUUGGUCAAAUACCCGCGACUACUCUAUAGGACCGUGGAAUCUCUGGACGUACCUACCGACGAUGAGCUUUUGUUGGGCGGUAGUUGGACUAAUCUUACUGAUACACCGUGGUACGACGUCAGAGUUUUGCUCUGCGAAGAUAAUUUGUUCCCGUAUGACUUGACCACCCCGCAUUUCCGGGUGGCCCGCGGUGUCUUUUUGUGGGGUGCAUUUAAUCUUUCGGUUAAAACGCAUCUAAAGGACGAGGAAACCAUGUUCGUUUAUCAUCUGCCAGGGAAGUGCAUUGGCAAGUUUGAAUUCCGUUCAUCUUCUAUCCGAUUGACUGAAAUUGUUCGCAAGAAUGAUGAUGAGAAUAGUAUGGACACUUCGUCAUAACCAUAUUUCUGCACUUUUAUUCUACCUUUGAUUGUGUUUCGAAUGAUGAGCAGAAGAUUGCAGCGCUGAUCGUUGCAGAAUCCGCAGUCUGCGAUUCAACUGCUUCAAACGUAUCGAGUGAGAGUCUUUUGGAAUAUAAAUCGAUGCACCGUGAGGAUGCGUGAAUUUUAUCAACGACCCGUGUCUGUCAUAGUGUUUCUUUUUUU